UCUUAUUCUUCCUCUGCUUUCUCUCCACAUGCAAUUGCUUGAAUAAAGACCCAAUCCCAUGCAACGUAUCAUCAUCACCAUCAUCAUCCUCCUGCAUGGCUGCUCUCUAUUACGUGCCUGACAAACCAAAGACCAUAAAAGAGACAGCGGCACUGUUUGGAGUUCCGGCCAGUGCAGCCGGCGGGACUGAUAAUGGUUUCUUGGUUACAGUUACUUGUAGUUGCUUGGCUGAUCACCAGGAGUUCAUUUGGCACACCAAUUAUAAAGUUCAGACAGGGGAUACUUGGAACCUUUUGUCUGAGAAGUUUGGUAUGAUGGUUGUGGAGAAACAGGACAAGCAAUUGAUUGCAUCCAUGGAUGUAAUGUUGGAUAUUCUUUGUGGUUGUGUCACAGGGUUUGAGCUGGUCACCUACAACAUCAAGCCUGGAGACACUCUAUAUACUAUUUCCUUAAAGUUCAAGGUUGAUAUGGAGGAGAUAAGGAGAUUUAAUAAUAUAACUCAUGGUUCUUCACUCAUCUUUGCAGGAGAUACCAUCUUCAUACCCACUUCUGAGAAUAAUAUCAGUCGUCUUAUUGUACAUGAUGAAAAAGAAGAUGAAGAAUCCUAUAAGAAAGUUGAGAAGAGAACAUCAAAACUGAAGAAACAAGUUGUUCUGAUGAUAUCUUUAGCAGUAGGAGUUAUAUUUGUCUCAAUUUCAACAAUUUUCUGGGUUUACUAUGAGAAGAGACAAAGGCAGGAGCAAAAAAUUUACAGUAAAAACAGUUCUUUGCCACAUAACUUUCCAUCCGAAGAUUCCAGGCAGAGCUCGUUAUCAUCUUUUCCUUCAUCAAUCAGAGCAACUGUUUUUCCAUAUUCUGAAGUUUGCAAAGCAAAAUCUAAUUUUAAUUUAUCUAAAAAAGUUGGCCAGGGAUCUUAUGGAUCUGUCUACCACGGCAACUUGAGAGGAUUUGAUGUUGCCAUCAAACAAAUGAAGAACACAAAGUCAAAAGAGUUCUUUGCAGAGCUUAAUGUUCUCUGUAAAGUUCAUCACAGUAAUUUGGUUGAGCUAAUCGGGUACUCAGCAGGAGCCGAAUCUUUAUUCCUUGUGUAUGAAUUUGCAGUUAAUGGCACUUUAAGUGAUCAUUUGCAUAAUCCUUCUGAGAAAGGUUAUAAACCUCUACCUUGGCACACAAGAGUAGAGAUUGCCAUUGAUGUUGCUAAAGGUCUUGAGUAUAUACAUUCACAUGUAAAGCCAUUUUGUGUUCAUCGAGAUGUCAAGACGAGCAAUAUAUUAUUAAAUUCAAAUUAUCGGGCAAAGAUCUCAGAUUUUGGAUUGGUGAAACUGCUUGAACAAUUUCCUGAAGAUGGAGCAUCAGCAUCAAAAAUUGUGGGCACAUUUGGUUAUCUUUCACCAGAGUAUGUUAGAGAUGGAUACGUCUCACCCAAAUGUGAAGUUUAUGCAUUUGGGGUAGUUCUUAUGGAGUUAAUUACUGGUCAGCGAGCUUUGAGCAAACUUCCAAGUGAUGAAAAUGAAUAUACUGAACAUCAAUCUCUGGUGGAUCAAAUGCUAUCCACUUUAGAAACCAUCCAAGACAGGAUGAACAAAUUGACACACAUUGUGGAUUCAAAUCUCUCCCAUUACCACAAGGAUUCUCUUUUCCAGGUACAGAAAAUUUUGCCACAAUUAUUAAAUGUAUGGACUGACUAAAAUUAUAUAGGAUUAAGUAUGUG